CAGAAGCACCGGGUGGUCAUCCGACAUAUGUCAUUGUAUAAUCAUAGACGUUAUAUAUUUAACAAAACGAUUUACACCUAAGUUCCUACAGACACUAAAAGUUCACAUUUUGAUGAAAGUUGUUAGUCUGGUCAUGGUUUGAAAACGAAAAACUUUUACACAUAUCAACUUCUAUCAUGGAUAAUUUUUUGAAAAUUUCCAUCUUACUUCUGGCUAUAAUACAAGUCCUAUUUCUAAACGCAGCACACGCCCAACUCCUUAACACGCUAAAAUCAAAGAUUGAUAUCUUCGAUGUGUCAAACACCACGUCGCAAAAAACUACGAUUUCCUCCGCUGGCCCAGACGUCACCAAGGCAAAAAACCUUGUCUGGCUAACCGGAGCAUCUUACUGUUUCGAUUUGUCGAAAUGGUCAUGUCCUUAUUGCAAGAAAGCCAAGGGUCUUGGUUAUGAAUAUGCCGCCAACUUUUCUAACCCCAAAACUAAUACUUUCGGAAUUAUAACUGUGAACAAGGCGAAAAAGGAAAUUGUUGUAACAAUUCGUGGAACAUUCAAUGUUGCAAAUGUACUAGAAGAUCUUGUUCUAACUCAGGUGAGCCUUGGUAGUGGGAGUGGUGCAAAAAAAUCUUCAGAGAAAAAGAAAAAACUCAAGAAUAAAAUUAAGUCGGCUUUAUCCGGUGGAUCAUCGUCAGACAUAAAAGUUCACAAAGGAUUCUUAACGGCCACAAAGUCGUUGUAUCCACAAAUCGUGAAGGUGUUGGGGGCAUUAUUAAAGAAGAAUAAAGGUUACAGUGUCAUAUUGUCAGGUCACAGUCUCGGAGCCGCAAUAGCGUCAAUCGCCUUGUACAUGUUACAACAAAAAAUUAACCUCCCUUCCAAUUUUCCAACCCCUACUUCCUACGCCUACUUUGGAUAUGGGGAGCCACGCGUUGGGAAUAAAGCGUACGCAGACUACUUUAAUAGCCAGAAGAAAGUGCAAAUAACGAGGAUUGUGAAUAAAGCGGAUCCAAUUUGUCAUUUGGCCACGGCCCUUCAGGGCUAUGUUCAUCACGGAACAGAACAUUGGAUAAAGCCCAUCACUGGAGAAAAGUCUUGUUCCAAGAAAGUUUAUGAAGACUCAACCUGCAGCAAUUCCUUGGGGCCUCUGUACAACCCACUUGAUCAUCUCCAAUAUUGGGAUGUUGCCUAUUUGAGCUGUGGGUUGAAAGACCCGAUUCAAUUACUUUCACAAUUUGUUGUCCCCUUGUCGACUGGAUAAGAUAAAAACGAUGGUUGGCAUAAUAAUUUUGAAUUUGAGCACUACUUCCAAUUUGGAAAUUGGUUAUGAUUUUCAGAAUUUCGAGAUGAAGUUUCAUUUAGAGUUUAUUCUGUAGUUGAAUAUGUAUUAAUAUGUAUUACUUGUUAAAUAGUUUCAGUUCCAUCGGUUACAUUAAAUCGUUACAAAAUUAAA